GGGGAUAUAUCGAGUUGGGGAUGGUAAAAAUUUGGGGAUGUGUAGCUAUUUGGGGACGUAGCUAUUUGGGAACGUAGCGAUUUCGGGACGUCGCGAUUUCGGGAUGUAGAAAUUCGGGAACGUAGCAAUUUGGAGAUGAACCGAUUUAGGACUAUAGCAACUUUUGGAUGUAGCGAUUUGGGGACGUAGCGGUUUAGAGCUGUAGAGAUUUAGAUAUGGAAGAAUUUGGGGAUGUAGGGAUUUGAAAAUGUAGGUAUUCCAAAUUGUAUGAAUUCGGGAAUGUAAGGAUUCAAGAAUGUAGGGAAUCGGUUGUAUAGAUAUCAGAUAAUAUAAGAAUGAUUCAGAUUCGGAAGUGUAUAGAUUCGGGAAUGCAGAAUUUGGGAACGUAAGGACUCGGGAAUAUUAAUAUCUAAGGAUAUAGAAAUUUGAAGAUAAGGGAAUUUAAGAAUAUAAAAAUUAAAAGAGAUUUAAAACCAUUAUAAUAAUUUUGAUACGUGCUCUUCCAAACUUCUGAGCCAGUCUCUUCACGCGCCAACUCAAGUGUCGACAUCGGUACCUCCACAUUCCCUAAGGCCUCCGUUUAUGUUGCGCAGUUACAAUUCCUUUUGCAAAAUGUUGCAAUUAUAUGCUCGAAAAUAGCCUUAUUUUAAUUUUAAUCUAUUUAUUACGGCGAGAAUAUUCAGUACAUGUUCGUAGCACGAUGUUGUCACUUCAGAACCAGACAUGUGUCAAACAUAUCACAUUUUUCCAGCGCCAGUUUAAUUCAUCAACUCCAGUUUCAAAUUUUUAUCUCCCAGUUAAAAAUUAAUUACAGUUCGGUACAAAUAUCUCAUAAUGCUACUUUAUACAUUACUUUAAUACUUUUGUUCUCGUUUAGCUUGUUGUUCCUUUAUCUUGCGUAGUUACAAUUCCUUUUGCAAAAUGUUGCAAUUAUAUGCUCGAAAAUAGCCUUAUUUUAAUUUUAAUCUAUUUAUUACGGCGAGAAUAUUCAGUACAUGUCCGUAGCACGACGAUGUUACUUCAGAACCUGACAUGUGUCAAACAUAUCACAUUUUUCCAGCGCCAGUUUAAUUCCGCAACUCAGUUUCAAAUUUUUACCUCCCAGUUAAAAAUUAAUUACAGUUCGGUACAAAUAUCUCAUAAUGCUACUUCAUACAUUACUUUAAUACUUUUGUUCUCGUUUAACUUUUUGUUCCUUUCUUGUGCAGAUCUAAGGAACAAGAAGAAGGAUGGCGGAAACAGGUAGAGUGUCAGCAAUGCGAAUCGCAAUGUCCUACGGACCGGAACUCAGCUUUCUCGUGAUUUUGAGGAUUAUUAUAGGUCUAUACAGACCGGACAUCGUCGAUCGCGAACACAGAGUGAGACCAGUCUCUCUGACAAAUAUUAAAAGCAAUUACGAUUUCGUGAUAAUCGGAGGUGGUUCGGCUGGUUCGGUGUUGGCCAAUCGUUUAUCGGAAAACGGAAACUGGUCUGUGCUUUUAUUAGAAGCUGGUGCCGAUGAACCUGAUUUGUCCGAUGUGCCUGUGGUAUUUCCGGCUUUGCAGAUCACUCCGCUGGAUUGGCAAUAUCAAACCGAGCCUUCGGAUAAAUAUUGCAAGGCGAUGAAUAAUAACAAGUGCAACUGGCCUCGUGGCAAGGUACUCGGUGGCUGCAGCACCAUAAACGCGAUGAUAUACAUCCGCGGUAACAGACGAGAUUACGACAACUGGGAGAGUCUGGGUAACCCAGGAUGGAAUUAUGAAAGCGUAUUACCAUAUUUCAAAAAAUCUGAAGACAUAAGAAUAAAGAAUCUUCAAAACUCUCCUUACCAUCAGAAAGGUGGACACUUGACCGUGGAGAACUUUAGGUAUACAACGCCUAUAGUGCAUUAUUUGGUUCAAGCGGGAACGGAGAUGGGCUAUGAUAUUGUGGACAUGAAUGGAGAGACACAAAGUGGGUUUUCGUUAUGUCCUGGAACCUUGAGAGAUGGAUUACGAUGCAGCACUGCGAAAGCUUUUCUUCGAUCAGCUUCGAAGAGAAAGAAUCUUGAUAUUAGUAUAAGAUCUAUGGUGGAGAAGAUUUUAGUUCGUAAUGAUGGAAAGUCAAAAAUUGCAUACGGCGUACAAUUUCGAGUAGGAAGAAUUCUUCGAACAGUGACAGCAAAUCGUGAAGUGAUACUAUCAGGAGGAUCAAUCAAUUCCCCACAAUUAUUGAUGCUCUCCGGAAUCGGUCCAAAAGAUCACCUAAGAGAAAUGCAAAUCCCUUUGAUUCAUGAUCUACCUGGUGUGGGUAGAAACCUUCAAGAUCAUGCCGCAAUUGGUGGAUUAUCUUAUCAAGUCACUAAAUUAUCUAAUUAUACUUCACCCGAGAAUUUUUGCUUCAAUGUACGGAAGUCAAUAAACUUCAAAGCCAUCAGGGAGUUUGGUAUUAACCAUAAAGGAGUACUUUACUCGGGGACGAUCGGUGAGGGUAUUGCUUUUAUUAAGACCAAAUAUGCAAACCAGUCAGACGAUUAUCCUGACGUUCAAUUUUUCUUAUCAUCCGCUGCCGACAACACAGACGGUGGUAUAAACGGAAAAAGGGGUAGCAACAUUAGGGACAGUUUCUACUACAGAUUGUUCGAAAAUAUUCUUUAUCAGGAUUCGUAUAUGAUCGUUCCGAUGUUACUGCGACCUCGAAGUAGAGGAUAUAUUAAACUACGUUCGAAGGAUCCGUAUACGCACCCCAUAAUCGUUCCAAAUUAUUUCGACGACCCUCACGACCUUGAAAUUCUGGCAGAAGGAGCACAGUUCGUUUACGACAUGAUAAAUACGCCAACAUUAAAGGCGUUGAAAGCUCGACCAAAUCCAAACAAGCUUCCCGAAUGUGAAAAGCACGGGUAUCCAUCGAGGGAAUAUUGGAAAUGUUUCGCUAGAUAUUAUACCCUCACGAUCUACCAUCCUGUGGGGACCUGCAAAAUGGGGCCCGCCACUGACAAAAUGGCGGUGGUGGAUCCGAGAUUAAAAGUACACGGUAUUUCUGGACUGCGAGUGAUCGAUGCUUCAAUUAUGCCAAAAAUCGUUUCUGGAAAUACUAAUGCACCUACGAUUAUGAUCGCUGAGAAGGCUGCUGACAUGAUUAAAGAAGACUGGAGAGAAAUUGAUGAUUCCUGAGUGAAAUAUUGAUAUUCGAUGUUUCUUUCACUUUUGUGAUUUUCUAUUGAACGUUAAUAUAUGAUAGACUUUUUUUGUGAAGAUUAUGUAUAUUUGACGGAUGUAUUAACAAAUGAAGGAGACUUUAGUUUUCUUUUGUAGUUUUUUGAGUGACGCUUUUUGCAUAAUAAUGUUUUUUGAAAAACGGUGUAGUAUUUGGACAUUUGGAGAUGUGGAAUUUUGAAGGGAGUUGAG